AUGAUUUUCUACGACGCGGUUCACCAGCCUUGCAACGCGACAUCUUCAGAGAGCAACUUUUUGAGCGUCAUAUCCUCUGAAGCCUAUUCAGCAAAUUCGAGAAUCAUCGAAAAUGGCUCUCACUCAAGCCAGCGCAAAUUCUGGCAAUGCUGCCUUUAAGGUACUACCCCACCAUACUUAUUACAAAGUGACAUAGCUAAUUCAAGCUAUAGGACAAGGAGAAGCCUAUGGCUGUCCGCACCGCAAAUAUUGUUGCUGCCAGAGGUAUACUUGAGCCUACGAAUCUUGCAUAAAAUACGAGCUAAUAGUUGUUUAGCUGUUGCGGAUGCCGUACGAACAUCUCUUGGACCUCGAGGAAGUAAGAAUAGGCCCCCACGGAACUUUUCCAAUAAAUACUUAUAAUUUUGGCAGUGGACAAGAUGAUACAGGACGGACGAGGGCAGACUAUUGUGAGAAAUUUGUAGUGAGGCUGUGGGAAUAAUGACUGACCCCACACCAGAUCACCAACGAUGGAAGCACUAUGCUCAAGAGUAUGGCUGUGAUGCACCCCUCGGCGAAGAUGCUCGUAGACCUUUCGGCAGCUCAAGAUGUUGAAGCUGGAGAUGGGACAACAUCAGUAGUGGUGAUUUGCGGAAGUUUGCUGGGAGCUGCGGACAGAUUACUCGGCAAAGGCAUCCACCCCUCAGUAAUUGCUGAAUCCUUCCAGAGAGCUGCUGCAGCAGCGGUUCAGGUUCUGCACGAAAUGUCACACCCCGUUUGCCUUACCGAUACGUCAAUCCUUUUACAGGCCGCCACGACAUCACUUUCUUCCAAGAUUGUAUCCCAGCAUUCGAGUUUACUUGCCCCCAUGGCAGUAAAUGCUAUCACAAAGACAAUCGACCUCAAGACUGCUGAAAAUGUGGAUUUGAACAACAUCAGAAUAGUAAAGAAAGUUGGUGGUACAAUCGAGGAUAGUGAGAUGGUGGAGGGUGUUGUUUUGACACAGCCGGUUGUUAAGAAUGGUGGUGGCCCAGUCAGAAUGGAAAAGGCAAGGAUAGGACUUAUUCAGUUCCAGCUCAGUCCUCCAAAACCAGACGUGAGUAUUACUCUCCAGGUUCUUUCAAUACUCGCUGAUCAAAUUUAGAUGGAAAACCAAAUCGUUGUUAAUGACUAUCGCCAAAUGGACAAAAUUCUCAAGGAAGAGCGAACAUACCUUUUGAAUAUGGUCAAGAAGAUCAAGAAGGCAAAGUGUAAUGUUCUUUUCAUCCAAAAAUCUAUUCUCCGAGACGCAGUCAAUGACCUUUCCCUACAUUUCCUCGCCAAACUCAAUAUUCUCUGCAUCAAGGAUAUCGAGAGAGACGAGGUAGAAUUUAUUUGUAAAUCGACAGGCUGUAAGCCAAUUGCAGAUAUCGACUCAUUUACGGAAGAUAAGCUGGGUAGUGCCGAUUUGAUCGAAGAGCACCAAACUAGCGGAAGCAGAAUUGUCAAGGUCACCGGAACAAAGAGUGCUGGAAAGACGGUUAGCAUUGUGUGCAGAGGUGCCAACUCACUUAUUCUCGACGAGGCUGAGCGAAGUCUUCACGAUGCCCUGUGUGUUAUCAGAUGUUUGGUUAAGAAGAAGGCCCUCAUCGCAGGAGGUGGAGCACCCGAAAUCGAAAUCGCAUCCCAACUUGCCAAGCAAAGCCGAGCCUUGCAGGGCACAGAAGCCAUUUGCUGGAAAGCAUUCGCUGACGCCAUGGAAGUCAUACCCACAACCUUGGCAGAAAACGCCGGCUUGAACAGCAUCAAGGUUGUUACCGAGCUCCGACAUAAGCACGCCAACGGCGAGAAGAAUGCUGGUGUCAGUAUCAAGAGUGGAGGAGUCAAGGUUGAUAUCGCGGAUGAGAAUGUUCUACAACCCCUGCUCGUCAGCACCAGCGCUGUCGAGUUGGCUGCCGAGACGGUCAAGAUGAUUCUGAGAAUUGAUGAUAUAUGUCUAAGCAGAUAA